AUGAAUGUCUUUCUCAUUGUUGCCGUGAUAACUGCCGUCGUAGCCUUUGCAAGUGAUCAUCCGCCGGCUAGAAUGGUCAUGAUUCCUUUGGAACAAGCCCUUCCUGUGUCAGAGCGGUUUGGUGUUCACAAUGUUGGCGAUGGUAGAACUGUCCCUGCUUUAACAUGGGCUCCUCCAGCAGCAGCUCAACGCACGGACAGCUCCAGCGAAGCAUCUAGCCAGUCGGCUCAGGAAGCAGCCGCAAGUCGCUACUUAGCCAGCUUGGCCCCUGCGCCACCUGCUGAGCCUGGGAACCGCCGUCCGGCGUUCCAGAUCCUCGAUGGCGAGCCUCUCCGGUGGAUUUUUGAUACUUCUGCUGCCAGCUCAAGCACAGAACCACCAGGAACCAGACAGAUCAUUCCCCAGUUCGUCCAAGUCGAGGGCUCCAGCGAAGCAGCUAGCCGUUCGGCUCAGGAAGCAGCCGCAAGUCGCCACUUAGCCAGCUUGGCCCCUGCGCCACCUGAGCCUGGGAACCGCCGUCCGGCGUUCCAGACCCCCGAUGGCAAGCCUCUCCGGUGGAUUUCUGAUACUUCUGCUGCCAGCUCAAGCACAGGACCACCAGGAACCAGAAAGAUCAUUCCCCAGUUCCUCCAUGUCGAGUCGGGUCGAGUUUGGGGUCCGCUACCCAUUGGGGACGAAAAGUUCUCCAUGAAAUCUUACCCUCUCGACAUUGGGUUUUUUCAUCACCUAUAUGGAGAUACCCUCGCCGUCCCUGCCGACUUCGAAGGCUUCGUCACCGACAGGCCCAUCCAUCCUAGCUACCGAGACACUGAUACCUUCCCCAACCAGCCCGCCGCUCCUGUACAAAAACGGAUUGAUGCAAGCGGAACGUCUUACAGACCAGAACCUGCGGUGCUUCAAGCUGUGCACGACGCUAUUUGGCAGCCUCUAGGCCAAUCUGGAAUUCGGCCUGGGAAAUUGCCUCAAUCAGAUGUGUUUGAAGGUGAAUAUCUCUGGCCGCCAGUUGAAGCACACAGCGACAGCCAGCACUUAUUCCCGAUGUCGACGCUCCUGCAGCGCAUUCGAGCUAUUAUAUCGACGAAGUUUCGGAGUGCAUUGUCGGGAGAUCCCAGCUUGUUUCACCUGAACGUCGACGUCAACGGACAGAUCAGACAUAUCCUGAUGUUCCCUACUGUUAGUGGGUAUUAUGUGAAACAUACGAAUACGCCGCUCACGUCGACGCUUUGGCUUCUGUACGAAGGUAUGACCGUUUCAUCAGACGGGGGGCGAUGGGGUCGGCGGCAAUUAUCGUUGCUAGGGGCGACGUACUUGCCUAAGGAAGUAGUACCUGACUAUCUCCAGGAUAUCGAUGUCCUGACAGUUGCCUUUGGGAAGCACAUGAAUGUUCUUCACUAG